AGUCGCUUCCUAUUGGUCGACAGACAGACAAUCCCGAGGAAGGCCCACCUACCUAGAGAUCAGUUACUGACAGCAGCUCCCGUUCUAGGCGAUAUUUGAAUCAUCUGGGCAAUAGAACCUUGAGGAAACAAGUCAUCUUUGUAAAGAAAAGAGCUCCAGGACCAGGGUCGAGAUGGAUGUGUUCAUGAAAGGGUUGUCCAAAGCUAAAGACGGCAUGGCUAUGGCCGCGGAGAAGACUAAGGAGGGAGCUGCGCUGGCGGCGGAAAAGACUAAGGAAGGCGCCAUGUUUAUCGGCACCAAGGCCAAAGAUGGUGUUGGUUCAGCAAAGGACCUUGCUGGUGGAGCCAUGGGGAAUAUCGCUGCAGCCACCGGCCUGGGGAAGAAGGACGAGUUCCCAUCUGACAUGAACCCUGAAGAGUAUGGGCAGGAGGCCAUGGAAGGAGAACCACAGGGAGAUCAGCAGGAGGGAGAGACAUAUGACGAGAACCAGCAGGAGCAGGGCCAGGACUACGAACAAGAAGCAUAAAAACCAUCACUGCAAAUCUCCAUCCAACCAGCAGCACAAUUCAUUACAACAAAAAGGACAAACGCCGAAAGUACCACAAUAAUACAAAUCUAAUCCUGUUGCAAAAAAAUUAAAUAAAAUAAAAAUAAAAAACACAAACAAGAGAAAAAAUGUUCUUCCUUUCGUCUUGAAGACGAAUCUUUUCUGAUAAUCGAUGCUAUAUUGUAAAUGUCCUGUUACUGCUGUAAUGUGUUGGGUCGUCUAGUUGUUUCUUGAGGUGUAGAAGAGCCGCCCGCUGUCUCGAGUCUCGUUUCCUUGAUUCCCUCCCAAUGGAACGAGACCCCCCGGACCAGGCCUAUGGCUUGUGACCAUAGAAAUACAAUCCAUAGAACAGGCCUCCCCAUACAAUCCAUAGAACAGGCCUCCCCAUUCAAGACUGGGCUCUAUUUCUAUGCUUGUGACUCUUUGUGUGUUUCUGUAUUUAUUAAUGUGAGAUAAUAAUAGGUGUAUUUUUCUCAUCUUCCAACAACGACAUUGGGAGUGAAAGAAAAUAAUGAAUCCGAUUGCAGAUACAGAUAUGACUACUACCAAUAAUAUUCUAUAAGUGUGUACAAUGCCUGGUUGUUUCUCUCUUUUGAAUUUACUUUUGGAGUUUUUAUUUAUUUAACGUAUUUUUAAGUCAGAGUUUUAUACAUUGUAUCUUUAUAGUUGCUUGUGAUUCUGGUGGAACUAUCUGUUAGAAAUGGAUAAACUACGUGUGUGUGUGUGUGUGUGUGUGUGAGGUGGGCCCUGUGUUUGUAUGUGUGUGUUUGUGUGUGUUUGUGUGUGUGUUUGUGUGUGUGUGUGUGUUUGUAUGUGUGUGUUUGUAUGUGUGUUUGUAUUUGUGUGUUUGUGUGUGUGUUUGUAUUUGUGUGUUUGUGUGUGUGUGUUUGUGUGUGUUUGUGUGUGUGUGUUUGUGUGUUUGUUUGUGUUUGUAUGUAUGUGUGUGUGUGUGUUUGUUUGUGUGUGUGUGUUUGUAUGUGUGUGUGUGUGUGUGUGUGUGUGUGUGUGUGUGUGUGUGUGUGUGUGUGUGUGUGUGUGUGUGUGUGUGUUUGUGUGUACUGAAGAUUUAACAAGUUAAAGUCAAUAUAUUAUGUCUUGAAAUCACAAUGGUUGUCAGAUCAAUAUGUGCUUUAAAGUGCAGGACUUGUCAAUAUAAAGGUUAAUGUGUCAACGCAGACAAACUAACACACCUUCUGUAAAUAAAAACGUGAGAAAAAAGAA